UAUGAUGCUGCCUCUUGUGUGUAGCCAUUGGCGCAGUGACAAUUUUCUGUGCUGAGAUCAUUCUCAACACUCGAACAUUAGACUUCAGCAUUCAAGGGAAGCCAAAGCCAUUGGUGGGGGAAUAAAAGCCCAAAGCCUUUUAUCUUACUUGUUCCAAAAAUUGCACUGCCCCUUUCCUACCUGCCCCCCCACCCCACCCCCCCCGCCAGAUUAAGCUAUUGCACGCAGACAGGCAGCAUGGCGAGCAAGCGAAAAUCCACCACCCCAUGCAUGGUUCGGACACCACAAGUAGUAGAACAGGAUGUGCCCGAGGAAGGAGACAGGGCCAAAGAGAAAGGAAUCAGCACGCCGCAGCCUGAAGCAGCCAAGGACAGUUGGACAGUGGAACCCGAAAACUCUUCCAAAGAAAAUGAAGUGAUAGAGGUGAAAUCUACAGGGGAAAACCAAUCCAAAAAACUCCAAGGUGGUUAUGAAUGCAAAUACUGCCCCUACUCCACGCAGAACCUGAACGAGUUCACGGAGCACGUCGACAUGCAGCACCCCAACGUGAUUCUCAACCCCCUCUACGUGUGUGCCGAAUGUAACUUCACAACCAAAAAGUACGACUCCUUGUCUGACCACAACUCCAAGUUCCAUCCCGGGGAGACAAACUUCAAGCUGAAGUUGAUCAAGCGCAAUAAUCAGACUGUCUUAGAGCAGUCCAUCGAAGCCACCAACCACGUCGUGUCCAUCGCCACCAGCGGCCCGGCGAGCGGUGACAGUGAUCCUGGAAUCUCCGUGAGUAAGACCCCCAUCAUGAAGCCAGGGAAACCAAAAGCUGAUGCCAAGAAGGUGCCCAAGAAGCCCGAGGAAGCCACCCCCGAGAACCACGUGGAGGGGACGGCCCGCCUGGUGACCGACGCGGCUGAGAUCCUCUCGAGACUCGGAGGCGUGGAGCUCCUCCAGGACACGCUAGGGCAUGUCAUGCCUUCUGUCCAGCUCCCACCAAAUAUCAACCUUGUCCCCAAGGUCCCCGUCCCGCUGAAUACUACCAAAUACAACUCCGCCCUGGACACGAAUGCCACCAUGAUCAACUCCUUCAACAAGUUCCCUUACCCAACGCAGGCUGAGUUGUCCUGGCUAACCGCUGCUUCCAAACACCCAGAGGAGCACAUCAGAAUCUGGUUUGCCACACAGCGCUUAAAGCACGGCAUUAGCUGGUCCCCAGAGGAAGUGGAGGAGGCCCGGAAAAAGAUGUUUAAUGGCACCAUCCAGUCGGUACCCCCGACGAUCACCGUGCUGCCAGCCCAGUUGGCGCCCACAAAGAUGUCACAGCCCAUCCUCCAGACAGCGCUGCCAUGCCAGAUUCUCGGCCAGACCAGCCUGGUGCUGACUCAGGUGACGAGCGGGUCAACAACCGUCUCCUGCUCCCCCAUCACGCUUGCUGUGGCCGGAGUGACCAACCACGGCCAGAAGAGACCUUUAGUGACUCCCCAAGCUGCCUCCGAGCCCAAGCGUCCACAUGUCGCUCAGGUGCCAGAGCCCCCACCCAAGGUGGCCAACCCUUCACUGACCCCGGCCAGCGACCGCAAGAAGACAAAGGAGCAGAUAGCACAUCUCAAGGCGAGCUUUCUCCAAAGCCAGUUCCCUGACGAUGCGGAGGUCUAUCGGCUCAUCGAGGUGACCGGCCUUGCCAGGAGUGAGAUCAAGAAGUGGUUCAGCGACCACCGGUACCGGUGUCAAAGAGGCAUCGUCCACAUCACCAGCGAAUCCCUUGCCAAAGACCAGCUGGCCAUCGCAGCCUCCCGACACGGCCGCACAUACCACGCAUACCCAGACUUUGCCCCACAGAAAUUCAAAGAAAAAACCCAGGGUCAGGUUAAAAUCCUGGAAGACAGCUUUUUGAAAAGCUCCUUCCCGACCCAAGUAGAACUGGAUAGGCUAAGGGUGGACACGAAACUGAGCAGGAGAGAGAUUGAAUCCUGGUUCUCGGAGAGACGGAAGCUUCGGGACAGCAUGGAGCAAGCUGUCUUGGAUUCCAUGGGGGCUGGCAAAAAAGGCCAAGACGUGGUGGCCCCCAAUGGUGCUCUGUCUCGGCUCGACCAGCUCUCUGGGGCCCAGCUAGCUGGUGCUCUGCCCAGCCCUUCACCAGCAAUUACGAAAAGCCAAGAACAGGUACAUCUCCUGAGGAGCACGUUUGCAAGAACCCAGUGGCCUACCCCCCAGGAGUAUGACCAGUUAGCAGCCAAGACCGGCCUGGUCCGAACUGAAAUUGUGCGUUGGUUUAAGGAGAACAGAUGCUUGCUAAAAACCGGCACCUUAAAGUGGAUGGAGCAGUCCCAGCACCAGCACCUGGCCGGCGAACACAGUUAUGAUGCCCCGCAGAGGAGAGCCACGAGGGCCUGCACCACCGAGAGCCCAAAGAACGGGAGCGAGGUGGCUCAGCCACAUUACAAGGACCCCAAAAAGCUCUGCGAAGAGGGCUUGGAGAAGUUGGUACCCAGGGUGAAAGUGAGCAACGAGCAAGCAAAAGAUGGGGCGCCGGCCAAGCCUUCAGAAGCCACCUCGGACAGGUCAGAGGGCAGCGGCGGGGACGGCCCGGGCAGCGACGAGAACGAGGAGUCGGGCGUUGUGGAUUGGGUGGAGGUCACGGUCGGAGAGGAGGACGCCGUCUCAGACAGGUCCGACGGCUGGAGUCAGACCGCAGCCGAAGGCGCCGCAGAACUGGCCGGCUCGGACUCCGACAGCAUCCCUGCCGAGGCCGGCCAGGCCUAACAGGGACGUCCGUCAGAACUGCAUUGCUGAUAAAGGGGACUCUCUGUCUUUAACGAAAGAAGAGAACCUCUCUCCCCGGCCGUGGGCCACCCUGGCCAGAGACUCCAAGUGGAACCACUUAGCGGGCGCGUGGCUGCAGGGUACAAGAACCCCAUUCCUCACUCACACCGCCCAGAGGACCGGUGGGAAUUGUUCAUAGUGCCAAAGUCCUACUACUGCAUUUUCAGUGGGUCCCUGUAAAUAGUUUGCGCCUUUGCCCUGGCCCCCACCUCUUGCUAUACUGGAACCAAUUUGUACAAUGUGGGAAUUUUGUUACCUUUUUAAUCAAGGGCAACGUCCUUUUCCAGCACUACCAUUGUAAGGUUUUUUCCAGGCGGGAGGGCUGAUCACACGUGCUUUUCUCUUUUUUCCUUUUCUUUUUUUAAAACUUUAUUUUAUUAAUUUUGGGGAGGGGGGAUGUUAGCAUUAGUGCCAUUGUAUCUACUGGAUUUUAGGUAGGGAGAGUUCCUUUUUUUUUUUUAAGUAGUUUGAAAUUUGGGCGAUUUCUCUGUGGGAAGGGCUAGGAUUGGGGCAUCUGUCUCCACUUUGAGAGGGUUUACAGAUGACAGAUCUUCCCGAUCAGACCCAUUGCCAGUUCUUCCCCCAGCCACCCAUGGGGUCCCUGUUUAGCCACGCACAAGGCUUUCAGAACUGCCAACAGGUAGAUCUGGUUUCUCAACCGACUGGCCUCUUCGGCUGACCUUGGGCCGAGCCAGCACCAGAGACCUGGGGGAGCAGAUGGCUCCCCACUUUCAGCCUCUUUUCAGAUACCAGCAGAAAGGGCUCCCACCUUUUUAGCAUUACCAUUACUUCUAUGAAAUUAAAACAAAAAAGAGGUCUUCCUAUCUAGAUGGUACAAAGAUGAACAGCUUCGGUUUUGAUUUCUGUUCCUGACUGGCUUUUCUCAGUGUGGUUUUUGACAAGAUUUCAGUUUGAAGCCUCACCAUGAAUUGAUUUUUGUUUGUUUGUGUGUUUGUUUUUGGGCCAAUUUUAGAUUCCUGAGUGCACUUUUUUUUUCCUUUCCAGUUAGUCCUAACUUUUAAAGAGGAAAAACCAAGAGACCUAUCUGGUGUAAAUGUUGCAAUAUGAGUUGUGUUUGCAAACCGCCCCCGCCAUCACCCCCCAUUUGGGUACACUGCACAAAUAAAAUGCUAGGGAGUUUGGAAAAAAAAACAACCAUUUUUUCUAACUUGUUGCUCAUUUGUUGUAACUCAAUAAAGCAAAGACUAAACAUUUUUAUAACCUU